GUUCGAUUCCUUCAAGUUCAACAAAUAUUUCGUGAUCAUCUUCUACGAAAUACUGUCGCAGAGAGACAACUCUGCGCGGUUUCGGCUUUUUCUUUACUGGACUUACGAGCGGGCCCUGAAGGCAUCGCGUCACCAUGGUAACUGCACGCCGCAAACUUGCGAGGCUAAAUUCAGCGCUAGCUAACACGACGAAGGGCUAAUUAGCUUAUUUAAUAACAAAAACAGGAAGUACGAACACAAGAUGGAGAAAGUUGAGGACGUCGAGAGGUUUUUGAAGAAUGUUGACAAAAUAAGUGAGCUGGUGAAGGAACUCAAAUCUUCUGAUGCUAAAGUCCAGCAAGAGGCGAUGGAGGAAGCUGAUUGCUACAUUGCUGCCUUGGAUGAACCCUGCAGGACAAAAGUCAACAAGACUAAAAUCAACACAAACCCACCACUCCAGCCUUCCUUUGGUCUGCAGAAUGAAAGUCCAGGGAGUUUCAUGAAGCUCAUGGAGAGAGAUGCCGAAGACAGGAGAGUGAAGCGAAUUGCUAAAGAGAAAAAGGCAACUGCACUCAAAGACAAGGGGAAUGAAGCCUAUGCCCAAAAAGACUAUGAAAGUGCUGUGAAGUAUUACAGUGAUGGUCUGGCUGAGCUACGGGACAUGCAGCAGCUGUACACCAACCGAGCACAAGCCUACAUCAAGCUGGGAAAGUACAAGGAGGCCAUCAGUGACUGUGAAUGGGCUCUGAAGUGUAACGAGAGGUGCAUUAAGGCUUUUGUGCACAUGGGCAGAGCAUAUCUGGAACUGAAGAAUUAUAAUGAGUCAAGGCACUUCUUUGAAAAGAUAAUGGAAAUUGAACCUGGAAUGGAGAAGAUGGUAAAAGAAUACCUGACCCAGGUAGAUUUGGAAGAGAAGAGAGAGACUCGGGAAACGAAUGCAAAGCUAGAGUUUGACAAGGGAGAGGGGAAGGGGACAACCGUGCCUCAGUUGCUGGAGAAUCUGUCAAGGCCCGACCAGACUCCCCUCUUCUACUGCGGAGGAUUGGAGAUUCUGUUGCGAGCAGUUACUGACUGUACUGGCCAGACCCUUUUCAGACUGAACAAUGGCUUUAGUAUCAUCGGCAGCAAUGACUUAGUGAGGAGUUGCCUGUUGCAGAAAACAGUGGAUGCACACAGUCGGGACUUAUGUGUGUCUGUUCUGAGAUUGUGGAGGGCUCUUUGUUGUGGAAAUGAUGAAAACCAGAAGAUGUUGAUGAUGUGCCCAGUCACAAAACAGGCCACUGUUCACUUGUUAACAUCAGAGCAUGUUGCAGUACAGAAUGAAUGUCUGGCAUUGCUGUGUUUGUACUCACACAUGCCACAUGGCAGACGUUUGGCUAUUGACAGCCUGAAUAUGCACAUGUUGGUGAGGAACCUCAUGGCGUGCAUCUUACUGCCGAAGCAGCAGCAGGAGAACGCAGCGGUCAACAUUCUGGAGAACUUUGCAACAGAAAAGAAAUUUCACAUUCAGUUAAGGAAUGCGUUGACCGAGUCUGUCAUUGUGCCAUUUACAUCAAUACUGAGAAGUAUCAACAAGACCAAUCGUCAGAUCCUUCCACCACUGAUGUCGGCCAUUGGCUCUCUGGCUCGGGACGACGUCAUCCAUCACAAACUUGCUCAUGAUCCAGAGUGUUGGGACGCCUUUCCGGUUGCCAUUAGGCAGUGCAGUGCACGUGAAUACAAAGAGAUCCUUUACCCCAUGCUUGGAUUGAUCAUCAACCUCUCAACUACACCUUCUCCGGUCAUACAGGAGCAUGCUGUUUCACUGUGUGGCUGCUGCCAAGGCCUGCUGAGCGACAGUGACGGGGGAGUUAUCACUAGAGCCACAGGUGUGCUGAGCACUGUCCUCCCUCAGUCCUCUGAGGCUGUGCAGCUUGUUAUCCAGAGGGGUGUUGUUCGGACCAUGUGUCAGCUGCUAAAGGGAGCAGGGCAGGAUGCCACCAAAUAUGCCAUUAAGACUCUGACAGUGUGCACUGCUGGCAGUCAUUUGGCACGAGAGGAGCUGCUGAAGUCUGAUAAAAAACUGUCCAUCUUACGUCAUCUGCUGGGUUCCAGCUGUGAUGAGUUGGUGUUAGGAAAUGCAGCCCUCUGUUUGGCCGACUGCCUUCAGUUGGAGGGAAUUGCCAGCAAUCUGCUGGGCACUGAUAUUGUGCUGCUGCUGCUACGCCAUGCUGCAGGGGAUGCAAAGAAGACGGCUGUGCAGCUAAAUGCAGCGAUUGCUCUGGCGACGCUGUGUCGGUCUGCGCCCAGGUGCCCCCUCAGCCCCACGACACACACCACACAGGCUGCUGAUCACAUUGUAGAAAGUAGUGAAGAAGCAGUGACAGGCUACAAGAAAUGACAAAUAUAUGUACACAACAAAUGUGAUCACAACAAAUCAUCCUACGACAGUCUUUAGGAUGGUCAAGUUAGAUGGGAGGUGCUUAAGCUUAAAGUGUCACAGCCAAGGGUUUGAAUACAUAUUUAAUAUUUCAAUAUGACAUUUCAGCUUUUACUUUUAAAUAUAUCUGGGGGGAAAAAUCACUGCAGUCAUAAUGGGGUAAUGUACGUAAAUUGAUGAGAGGUUUUUGUUCCUAUGCAACGGACAGUGGGUGCAAGCAUUAUUUUCCGGUUCUCUGCUUAUUUUCUGUCCCAUUUUUGUGAUCACAUUAUCUAAAGAACUCCUAAAAAAAUGUCUUCUGAUUUGGUACAAACGUUAAGUUGGACUCAAGGAUGAACUGAUUAGAUUCUGGUGGUCUAAGGUCUGAGGUCAAAGGUUAAGGUCCCAG